UACAGCUAGCUUGAUUGUGUGAAAAAUUCUAUUUCAAAUUAUAUUUUAUUUUUGCACUUAAAACAUCAAAUCGAGUGAAAACUAAGUGUUUAAUAUGGGCCGUUCCCGUUCCCGCAGCCGAACACCAAAAAAGCACAAAAGCAAGCACCACAAACGAAGCAAAUCCCGUUCGUCCUCCCAUAGCAAACAUGAAUCGCAUCGCAGUUAUGACAAAUACAAGGAACACAGCUCCAAAUCAAGGAAGCGCUCGUUGUCUGGUUCGUCCGAUAGCAGCAUCGAAGAACGUCAUCACCAUCGCAAGAAGAGUUCCAAGAGUCGCAAGUUGACUGAAGUCGAGCGACUGGCAGAAAUGGAGCGACAGCGGCGGCAAAAGGAGGCCGAACAAAAGAUGAUUGAGGAAGAGGCCGCAAAACGAAUUGAACUGCUAGUUAAAAAGCGCGUAGAGGAAGAGUUAGAAAAGCGCAAGGACGAAAUCGAGACUGAGGUGCAGCGACGUGUCGAGGCUGCCAAGAAGCAGAUGGAGCAGGAAAUGAUGCUAGAGCUGGAAAAACGACGGGAACAAGCGCGCGAAGAAGAACGCCGUAGGGAGGAGGAAGAGCUUAAAAAGCGACAGGAGCUCGAAAAUAUUAUCGCGGAAAACAAUCGGAAAAUCGAGGAAGCCCAAAGGAAAUUGGCUGAAGACCGAUUGGCGAUAAUAGAAGAGCAAAGAAAAAUGGACGAAGAGCGCCAAAAAAUGCGCAAAGAACAAGAAAAACGCGUCAAAGAGGAACAGAAAAUGAUACUGGGCAAGAACAAUUCUCGGCCCAAGUUAUCUUUCUCGUUGAAACCAUGAAAACGCGAUGUGUAUAGUAGUGUGGACGUUAAUGGAAGCAGCCCACAUGACUGCAACGUAAGAAACAAUCACACGUUGUUGUGUGUUCCAAUACUGUACAGUGAUUAGGUAAUCAUCGUGCCCAUCAAUGAGUACGAAAAUUCGCUUAUUUCAACAGUGUGUCGAUUAGUAUACACUAGUUCUAAGGUUCACUUCUAGCUAGUACCUAUUACAGUAAUGAAUGAUCAUGUUUGUAAAUCACGCAUCGUGAUGAUCAGGUAAUCUGCUGCUGCCAUCAGCGGGCUGAUUCCAUGUUCUUCCUCGCUUGCUAGGAAUGUCCUAUGUUCUUGAUUUUAACAAUUCUAGUUGUGAUAACGCUAUUGUUAAAGAUGUUACCAUAGAUCCUAUGCGAACUGAUACUCCCUAAAAGACUGCAUGCAUGGCUUAUCUUUAACGGUAGCGUGUCGCAUUUACAAGUGUAUAGAACCAAUUUCAAAGUGUUUUUGUUAGAUGAUUCGAAUCGAGUCGUCCAAAAAAAGAAAUUAUUUUGAUAAAGUCAUUAGGUUGUGUCGGUAUCGAAUGAAUAAAAUUUAAAAGUUUUCAAAUCAAUUAAUAACCGUGUCCGUAUCUAGAUAACCAUUCUAUUGUACUGGGAAGCACAAUUCGCAUAUAAAAAAACCUAUUGUUCGAAAAUAGUAAACUGUUUUGAUUGGCUGUCGAUUUAUUUUAUUCCAAACCGCAACAAAAACAUUCGUUUCCCAAAAUUAACAAACAGUAAAACAACGAUAAUGUAAAAUUACCUUUAGCUGAAAUUGGUUGUUCAUGUAAUCGUUUUUGUCUAAUCAACCUGUACCCAAAAGUGAAACUUACCAGAUCCAGACUAGUAUGUUGCUUCGGCAUUGAAUAACGCCUCUAUAGUACCAGCAUGCACUCGUUCGAAAAGAAAGCAAUAUCCUGCAAUAACUCGAAAGCUUCAACGUCGUGCGGAAAACUUUACAACAUCAAUUUUAACUCACUCUGUCUAUGGUGGCUGUAUUCCCGCACUUACAAGCAUAGCAGGAAGCAACAACAUCGAAAUAACUCAGCAAACAUCCAAUAAAACAAACAACAGUAAAAAAUAAAAGUUUUCCAAUUUUGCAGACUUUGAAUAAAUGAACAUAGUUUGUAA